UAUACGAGGCCCUCUACGUAAGAAGCGUAACCUGGGUCAUGAAUGUGGCUUUGUGUUUGCGGCGUAAACUCCGGUUUGUUUUAGGUAACUAACAGUCAGGAGUGACGGUAAGUAACCAAGCGAAGAAUCACACUUUUGGUCCCCGAGUAUGGCCUCGCAAGGGUCGGAGGACGUAUCAGAGCAGACUGAAGAAGCCACGCAGGACGAGGAGGAUUUGCGGAUCUCUCCGGCGGAGGAGAUGCCCGCUGACGGGCCCGGGGAUGUGGAGCCGGAGCAGCUGCUGCUGCCGUGGGACCGCUUCUCCGCUUGGCUUCACUGCAUCUGUGUAGUGGGCUUCGACCUGGAGCUCGGACAGGCCGUGGAGGUUAUUUACCCUCACCACUCCAAACUCACAGAGAAAGAGAAAAUGAGCAUCUGCUACUUGUCAUUUCCGGAUUCGAACUCGGGCUGCUUAGGGGACACACAGUUUUGCUUCCGGUUCCGGCAGGCGGCGGGCAGAAAGUCGUCGCUCAGAUGUUUUCUGGACCACUGCGACAGAGACGCGCCGGUUUGCCUCAAGAAAGACCAGGGGCAUUUCUACGGUUAUGUUUACUUCAGGCAAGUUCGAGAUAAAACACUGAAGAGGGGCUAUUUUCAGAAGUCUUUGGUUCUCAUCAGCAAGCUUCCUUACGUCACCUUCUUCCACUCACUUCUGAAACUCAUCGCCCCGGAAUAUUUUGAGAAACAGGAGCCGUGUUUAGAAGCCGCUUGCAAUGACAUUGACCGUUGGCCAACACCAUAUCCAGGCAAGAUCUUAUCUCUUCCGAUCAUGGGCAUCGUCAUGAAGCUGCGUAUACCGACAUGUUAUGACAAGCCAGGCACCUCGCAGCUUGUGCAGUCCGCUUCGAGCGACACUCUCGUGUCUGUUGUACUUCCUACUAUCCAUGAAGUGGAUCUCUUCAGGUGUUUCUACCCUGUGUUCUUUCACAUCCAGAUGUUAUGGGAGCUCGUGCUGCUCGGGGAAGCGCUGGUUGUGAUGGCACCAUCACCGGCAGAGUCGUCAGACACAGUGCUCGCUUUAGUCAGCUGCAUUGCACCGCUACGUUACUGCAGCGACUUCCGGCCAUACUUCACCAUCCACGACAGCGAGUUCAAGGAAUACACGACUCGAACCCAGGCUCCGCCCUCUGUCAUUCUGGGCGUAACAAAUCCUUUCUUCGCCAAAACACUCCAGCACUGGCCUCACAUCAUCCGCAUAGGAGACAUGAAGCAAACAGAAAUGGUCAAACAGAUGAAAGUGAAGAAAUUAAAGAAUCUGAAAACUCUGGAUUCCAAACCAGGAGUGUACACCGCAUACAAGCCUUUUCUGAACAAAGAUGAAGACAUCAUUAAGCAGCUCCAGAAGGGAGUUCAGCAGAAACGUCCAUCCGAGGCCCAGAACGCCAUUUUGCGACGAUAUUUCUUGGAAUUAACACAAAGCUUCAUCAUUCCGUUGGAGCGCUAUGUGGCCAGCCUGAUGCCUUUACAGAAAAGCAUCUCUGCCUGGAAAAGUCCUCCUCAGCUCAAGCCGUUUGUACAGGACGAGUUCAUGAAGACUCUGGAAAAGGCCGGUCCUCAGCUCACGUCUCGCCUCAAAGGAGACUGGAUUGGUCUUUACAGGCAGUUCCUCAAGUCACCCAACUUUGACGGCUGGUUCAGAAACCGCAGGAAAGAGAUGAUGCAGAAGCUGGAGGCCCUGCAUCUCGAGGCGCUUUGCGAAGAGGACCUGCGACUACGAAUUCAAAAACACACCGAAGUGGAGACGGUCGAUCUCGUUCUCAAGCUGAAAGAUAAACUGACGCAGGCUGAGCGAGAGCAGCUGCCGGUAAGAGCAGGAACACUGGCCAAACUUCAGUCCCACAUUGACUCUAUUAUCCUCUCGCUUCCAGAUGACCUGCAGGGAAUCCUGCACAAACCAGCCACGCCCUGACCCUGAACACAUACCACUGCACAAACAAGGACGAGGCGACUGAGCCAAUCACCGUUUUGAGGAGUUUGGAGGGUUUAACACCAGAACUGCUCCACAUAAGCUGCGAGCAAAUUUCUUUCGCAGGUGCAGUUACUCCUAGAGAUCUAAUGAGAGCGAAGGGUUCGAGCUGCAGUGCAAUGCUGGCAUUGCUGGAGCCCUGGAAGAGGCAGCACCAGCCCAAUGACAUUCUCUGCUCUCUACGUGAAGAGAGGUGUUAGGAAUGUGCUCAUUCUUAAUAUUGAUGACUUUUUGUCUCUCACUGUGUGAGACUGACCUUUUGGAUUUCUUGUUUUUUAACAUGACUGCCUGGACAUUUACGGAGACGAACCCGAGUUAACCGUGUAAUACAGCAUACAGAGCGAAUCUAGAGAGAUGAAUCUUGAAAACAUUUAACGCAGUGUGGAUUAGGUAAGUUUUAGAUAACGGAUUUAGGGUUUUUUCGUCCACCUCGUACAUCUGAAAGCUUAGAAUCCUGACCUUGUGUGAUCAAAUUAUACCUGGUAGGUUUACGUGUAACGAAGAAACAGAGACACGGGUUUAUUGAAGCUGAUCAUGAUUUAAUACAUCGAGACGUUUCACACACAAGACCUUACAUGCGUUUAGGACGUUAAUGCGUCUACAGGAGUAAAUCACCUACUCAUCUGACACUCAGCAUUACAUCAGGAGGUGCUUAAUUAAUGCCUUUUUAUAAUGGAUCAACAAUUAAAACUUUAAGUAUAUAAUGUCGGUCUAAAAUCUCGUCUAAAGAAAAAUCGUCGCUUUUUUUUUUUUUUUUAAAUUAAUUAUAAUUUAAAAAACAGUCAUUGCCUAAGGUACAGGUUCCCAUCCUCUGUCCUGAACAGUUUAAGCUCUAACCUACCUAAAAUAAUGAUCUAAAUAGCUUUCCUCUUAAGGAGAGUUGAGAGCAUCACAGCACUAAAAUCGUUCAGUUUAAACCGUUCUCUACGGACCGCUUGGGAAACUUCGGCCGAGGCAGACGACGUGUUUGCGAAAGGGCGCCCUCUGGUGGUUAGGUUAGUUUUAAUAUCAUUAUAAUAACGUACUGCUGAGUCUUCUAUACUGCUGUACUGUUUCAUUCUGAUCUCUUUGCUUUUUAAUUUCUACUCUCACGACUUUUUGUUUCCCGUCUGUACAUCAGACCAGUUGAUUGCGAGUAUUUCGAAGUAUCUGACUAGAAUUGCAUGAAAUCGAAGACAUUAAAGCGCCUAAGGAGUCCUGCAGGAGUUCUUCUAUCAUGUGCCUUGAGAUAUGAUGAGGAGCAAAAUGUAGAAACGACCAAAGAUACUGUUCUGUUCGGGGUGGUGUAUUUUUAUUUCUUUUCUUUUUUUUUUUUUCUUUUUUAUUAUUUAUUUUUUAGCACAGAAUCAUCGACUGACAUCUGAAGAAAUAUCGUCACUGUUUAUGUCGCGUCACUUCUGAAGUGACAAAGCCGGUUGAAGAACGAGGUUUAGUUAUUCAAUAGCUCCGUGGACUGGAUUUGCAGGCUUGGAGACUCGACGCUUAGCGGAUAUGACGGUUGGCUUUCGGGCUGAGACACAGCAGAACGCGCCGUACGCCUGAGCCGGUCGUUAUUAGUUAGCGUAAAAGAUGUCUGUUAGGCAACCACUUGUGUUUUAUACAUACAGAGGAGCUUAUUUUAACAUGCUUAAAGUUUUAUAUAAAAGUAAAUUGAUAUUCUCUCGUGCAUAACACACUUGUCGAACAGUAUUUUGUAACACUGGUAUUUUUGAUCCUGAUCAUUUUUACAGUUAGUCAAUACUUUAACGGUUACUUAAUAAUAAAGUCAUAAAAGGGCGAUGAACGACUCGGUGUAUAGAGAAGCACAGACUUAACACGUGCUUGCACCAGGUUCCCUAUUUUGGCAUUAAUAAUUUUUUUUUCUCAGAGCCAUAACCACUAAUAAUAUUGCAUACACUUUGUGUAACGUGAAGUUUACGCAUUGCCUGUCUCCAUGUUUUGUUUUUAACUGUAAAUAAAUAUGCACAAUCA